AUGUUAUACAUGCGCGGCAUCUGUGGGCCUGAGUUCGGCAAGGUCGAAGCUGCAGAGCACUUCAAAAAGCUGGUCCAGGCUUACGAGCAGCUGCUCCCGGAAGCGGAGGCACGUGCUUGCGAAGCUGACAAGGCCAAGUACAGGUACAUUCUCAAAGCCGCCGUCAUGGCAAAGAAGGCAGAGGAAGAAAGGCGAGCACGCGUGGCAGCUCCGGAGUGCCAGCUGCGAGAGGGGACCGCUCAGCGCGUGCGGCCCUGGGACAUUCCCACGGAGGAGGCUUCGAUGUGGACCUGGUUCACUUGCUGCUUCACCAGGUCAGCUACCUUGCUGUGA